CCCCGCCCGCCCAAGCGUGGAGCGCAUGCGCCUUGAGAGAUGGGCUGGGUAGACAUGGAGAACUAUUUGGCGGUCGCGGUGCUGAACGGGGUGGACCGGCGUUCCCUGCAGCGCUCGGCUAGGCUGGGUCAAGAAGUGCUGGAGCGGGCUAAGAGGAGGGCAGUGGACUGGCAUUCUCUGGAGCUUGCCAAAAGCAACGUGGGGGGCAUUUUCCCGGAGCGGCCCUACCGAGAAAGAUGGCCCGCGGCCGGCCCCCAGCGCCUUCUCCCAGGAGAGAGAGAAGAAAGAUGCCCAACUCUCAGUGCUUCUUUCCGAACGAUGGCUGAAUUCAUGGACUAUACUUCAAGUCAGUGUGGGAAAUAUUAUUCAUCUGUGCCAGAGGAAGGAGGGGCAACCCACGUCUAUCGUUAUCACAGAGGGAAGUCGCAGCUGCCCUUGUGUUCAGACCUCGGGAGUGGCCAGAGACAAGAAACGCCCCUUGGUUUUGGAGGCAUCUGUCCAGCCACAGAGUGUACACUAGAGGCACCCCAGCCUGCUGAGAACAUCUCUAAGGACCUCUACAUAGAAGUAUAUCCGGGGACCUAUUCUGUCACUGUGGGUGCAAAUGACUUAACCAAGAAGACUCAAGUGGUGGCUGUUGAUUCAGGACAAAGUGUGGACUUGGUUUUCCCCAUCUGAUGUGGACCAUCACAUUGCCUUUUUUAAGUAGCAAGGAGGAUAAAGCCACCAUAUGAUCCUGUUAAUAUUCAUACAUUAAUCCUGCUCUUAAGGUCGGCCUUCCUGAGACCUGGAACUUGCCUCUUUCAGUGCCUAUUUUAACCUCAGAAGUUUUUAACCUCUCACCCUCUUCUGCCUGAAAGUAAUAAUGAUGCCGUCUGAAUAGUUUUUACUGCUUGCUUUCCAAGUAAAGGAUAAUUAUGAUAAUAAAAGGAAAGAUUUGUAAAUAAAGAGAAUUCCUUUUUAUUGGUAUUAAGAGCAACAAAAUGUCAUUCCUGUACAAUUGUAGGCUUUAUAAGAAAAGGUGGCAGAGAGGCUGUGGAUACACUUGCCCAAAGCAGGCUGACCACGACCUGUGACUUCUGUGGAACAGCAUCCUCAGCGCUCAUCUCACCAGGCAGGGAGACCUGGCCGGGCGGCAGCACUCCUGUGGCUCUUACGACAGGUGCCUUCCUGCGCCCGUCGGCAGGGAAGUCUUAAAAGGGGUGAAGAUGCUGCUGCUUACGCCACUGUCAUUUGUGGCCUGCACUCUACCACUGAAGGCUUUGCAGCCACUUUGUAACUCUUCCUCAGGUAUUCACUCUCCUUUGCUUCCUAUAAGAGAAAGAAUCCUGAGGGUCGUAUGCUGGUGUAAUUUUAAGGAUCAAAAGUCACUGAUUUUAAAGAGUCACAGAUGUGUCCUUAACUUUUAAGCUACCACACCAACAGUAUUGUUGCACCUUUCAGUUUAGUUAUUCAUCUCAUUUUGAACAUGUCUUUCCUCAGGAAAAAAUGCCAGCAUUUUAUGUGAUGAAUUGAAAUUUUAAGUAGCGCUAUGUUAGCAAUCCUAGUGAGAAUCAGACUCCCGUGGACAUGGGGCCUAGGAAAGCAGACCCAUGCCCAUCACCAAAUAAGGGAUCAUUUAAAUGGAGAUCCUCGCACCCCCCAAGAAGUUUAUAAUGACCUUUGUAGGUUCUGUAAGCCUUUUGAAAUUAUAUGCAAAAUUCUGGGCGCCCUGGCCAGUGUGGCUUGGUUGAGUGUCGUCCCAUGCACUGAAAGGUUAAUGGUUCAAAUCCUGGUCAGGGCACAUACCCAGAUUGCAGGUUAAGUCCCUGGUUAGGAUGCAUACAGGAGGCAACCAAUUGAUAUUUCUCUCUCACAUCAAUGUUUCUCUUUCUCCCUCUCCCUCUCUCUCUCUAAGCUCAAUAAAAACAUUUUUUAUAAUUAUA